AUGAUGAUCAUGCACCCGGACACGGCGCGCGGGAUCGAGGUGUUGUUAAACCCGAUCUACAACAAAGGCACGGGGUACUCCAUCGCGGAGAAGGAACGCCUCGGCAUCCGCGGGCUCACGCCGCCGCGGCAGUUCACGAUCGACGAGCAGUGCGCGAAGAUCUGGAACACGAUGACGACGACGGGGAAGACGCCGAUGCACAUGUGGCGCUCGAUGCAAGCGCUGCAGGACCGCAACGAGACGCUCUUCUAUCGCCUCAUCGUCGAGCACAUCGAGGAGCUCGCGCCCAUCAUCUACACCCCCACCGUGGGCGAGGCGUGCAAGCACUACUCGCGACUCUUCCGACGUCCGCGAGGGAUGUACUUCAGCGUGGACGACGUCGGGGAGUUCAACGCGAUGAUGUACAACUGGAAGAACGACGUGUCCGUGAUCGUCGUGACGGACGGCAGCCGAGUGUUGGGCCUGGGCGACCUCGGCGCGCAAGGGAUGGGCAUCUCCGUCGGAAAGCUCGACCUCUACGUCGCCGGCGCGGGGAUCGACCCGGAGAAGGUGCUCCCGUGCGUCCUCGACGUCGGCACGGACAACGAAGAGCUCCUGAACUCGCCGUAUUACUUCGGGAUACAGCAACCGCGAUUGCGGGGGAAGGAGUACGACGAGUUCGUGGACGAGUUCGUGCAAGCGGUGAAGAAUCGCUGGCCCAACGCGCUCGUGCAGUUUGAAGAUUUCUCGACGAAGAACGCGAUGCCCAUCCUGAAGCGGCACCGUGACAACGUCCUGUGCUUCAACGACGACAUUCAGGGCACCGCGGUGACCGUGCUCGCGGGCGUGUACGGCGCGAUGGCGAGCAUCGGGUCGAAGCCGAGCGCGAUCGUCGACCAGACCUUCGUGAUCUGCGGCGCGGGGUCCGCCGGGAUGGGCAUCGCGAAUUUCCUUCACUCCGCGAUGGUUCACCACGGCUUGUCCAAAGAGGACGCGUACAAGCGGUUCUACGUCGUCGAUCACAAAGGUCUGAUCACGAGCGCGCGCGUCUUGGAGGCGAGCGCGCCCGGGGUGGAAGACCUUCGCGCGUUCGCCGCGAGCCGCGAUGAUCUCCCCGAGGGGAUGACGUUGGAGGACGUCGUCGCGGCGGCGAAGCCGACCGUGCUCAUGGGCGCGUCCACCGCGCGCGGGAUCUUCACGGAGACCAUCUUGAGGACGAUGGGCGAGUGCCACGAGAGGCCGAUCAUCAUGCCGCUGUCGAACCCGACGUCGUGCGCGGAGUGCACCGCGGAGGAGGCGGCGAAGGCGACGGGCGGACGCGCGAUUUUCUCCGCGGGGUCUCCGUUCGACGACGUCGUCGUCGACGGGAGGACGAUGGUCGCGAACCAAGGGAACAACUUCUACGUGUUCCCCGGUCUCGGGCUGGGGACGAUCUUAGUCGGCGCGGAUCACAUUUCCGACGGAAUGUUGAACGCCGCCGCGGAGGCGAUACCGAAGAUUUUGACCCGCGAGCAGCUCAACCGCGGGGAGAUUUACCCGGCAAUCAAACGCAUUCGAGACAUCAGCGUCAAGGUGGCCGCGGCGGUGAUGCGCCAGGCGAUCUUCGAAGGAAGGGAAGGACGGGACGGGAAGAUCGCGCAGAUCUUUCACCAGGAGGGGCUGCCCGCGCUGGAGCAGUACGCGAGGUCGUCGAUGUAUUACCCGGAGUACCGCCCCACGGUGUUCUCGCCCGGGUCAGGCGCCGGGUCGUGA